AUGACCAAUACAAUUAAUGAUAAUGACAGAAAUGAAAAUUAUCACAAUAGUGAUAAGCGUAAUGACAUUUCGAGUUAUGAUACGUCUGAAAAUCAUCAAUUUAAAGAGUUAACCGGUCGUAUUACCGGAAUAGAACACGACAGGACGAAUAAUUUACAAGAAUUGUCAUUAGAUGACGAAAAUGUGCUUAAUCAUGGAUCAAAUUAUGAAUCGGAAAGCUUAUCAGCAGCAGCAAUAAAUGGUGAUUCAUCAUAUGACAGCGGUGCUAGCAAUUUAUUCCGGCAUAAUGAAGCAAAAUAUGAAAAUUACCAUUCCGGAAUUACUUAUGGUAAAGCAGAAAUAAGACAUGAAACAAAUGAAACAUCACAUAGCAACCAGAAUAGUAAUGGAAUUGAUGAAAAAGAUGAAGAAGAUACGGAGGAAUGCUCGGAUCAGGAAUUCCGAUGUCCAUAUUUACGGAGAACAUUAUGUGUUCAUUAUAUGAAAAUAUGUGAUGGUAUUGACGAUUGUGGUGAUGGUAGUGAUGAAAUGAAUUGUGGUGAGGAUGAAUUGGUUACAUUAGCAAAUGAUCAUAGCGAAUCAGUAAGUGAAAUAGCUGCCGGAUCAUGUCAACCGGAUCAGUUUCGUUGUGAAAAUGGAAAAUGCAUUGCACAGGUUGAUCAUUGUAAUCAUAAAUAUGAUUGCGAUGAUGGUACAGAUGAGAUUACCUGUGAAUAUUUUGUACAAGCUCUGCAACAAGCAAGAGGUACAACGAUGCAUCCUGAUGAAAUAAUACCGAUUUAUGCCACGACAACCGGAAAACAGGAGUACGGUCAGGUACAGGAGGAGGAACAGGAAAGAUUGAGAGAGGAGCAAGAAAGACAGCGGUAUGAACAGGAAAGAAGUCAUGAAGAGGAAGAACAGCGCCGCCGAGAAGAGGAACGAGAAAGAUUGAAGCAGGAGAAAGAACAGCAAGAGAUAUUGAGGCAGGAGCAAGAAAGAGAACGGCAGGAAUAUGAGAGAAGACGAGAGGAAGAAGAACAACGAGAACGAGAAAGAGCAGAACAUGAAAGGAUAAGGCAAGAAUAUUAUGAAAAUGAAAGACGAAGACAAGAGACUGAGCAGAGAGAGAAAGAGUAUGGGAAGGAGGAGGAUGUAGAGAAACACGAAAGAUGGGAAAGUACACGAAAAGAGGAACACGAGAGACAACACGAAGAAGAGGAAAGAUUAAGGCAAGAGCAAGAAAGACAGGAGCAUGAGAGAAGACGAGAGGAGGAACAUCAUCAACAAGAAGAACGAGAAAGGUUGAGACAGCAGAAAGAACAGGACGAAGAGCAGCACGAAAGAUUACGGCAAGAGCAAGAAAGACAGGAGCAUGAGAGGAGACGAGAAGAGGAACGAGAAAGGUUGAAACAGGAGAAAGAGCAUCAGGAAAUAUUGAGGCAAGAGCAAGAAAGAGAAAGACAGGAGCAUGAGAGAAGACGAGAAGAGGAAGAACAACGGCAACGAGAAGAGGAACGAGAAAGAGCGGAACAAGAAAGGAUAAGGCAAGAAUAUUAUGAAAGCGAGAGACAAAAGCAAGAAAUUGAACAGCAAAGAAAAGGGGAAGAGUAUGAAGAGGGACAAGAAGAUAGACAGGAACAGGAUGAACGGAGUCGACAGGAACAGGAUGAACGGAAUCGACAGGAACAGGAAAGGAUUAGACAAGAGUUAGAAAUAAGACGACAGGAAAAAGGAGAAAAAAUUGAGGAAGAUGAGGGACAUGAAAUUUUUGAUAAGAAACAGGAAAGUUAUGAAGAGGAGGAACAACAUCAAAGACAACCGGAAGAGGAAGAGGAGUUGGAACGGAAACGGAAAGAGGAGGAAGAGAAGGAAGAUCGUAGACGUUUGGAAGAGGAUCGUAGACGUUUGGAGGAAGAUCGUAGACGUUUGGAGGAAGAUCAUAGACGUUUAGAGGAAUUAUCAAGAACUGAUCAGGAAAUGAAACCGGAAAAGGAAAGAGGAAAAGAUGAAUAUGAGAAACAUCAAUUAACCAUAGAUGGAGUUCGAAUUAAGGAAGAUGAGAAACAGCGACGAUUAGAGCUCGAACAUUACGGUUUGGAUAAGGAUAAUCAGAUAGAGAAGGAUUUUUACACGGAAGCAGACGCACGUGAACGCUAUGACGUGGUUGAAGCAGGUACAACGUGUAGCAUCGAGCAAUAUCAGUGUGCUAGCGGUGAAUGCAUUGAAAAGAGUGCGCAAUGUGACGGGAAAACGGAUUGCUCCGAUGGUUCCGAUGAGCGGCUUUGUCAUCCGCCAGUACAAAAAGAACCAUCUAAAUCGAUGGUUACUUGUAAGUUACAUUUCAUUUUCAUUCUGCAUUUUCCAGUAAUUUUCAGCUUUUCAUUUUAA